GACCGUGAUUUGCAACAUUUGUUAAAGUAAGUGUCUUAUGUGCAAACUUUGUGAAUUUUCACUACGUUCAAAAGUAACAAUACCGAUAAAAGUUUGAAAUUAAAGAACUUUUUAAAAUUAAAAGUAAAAACAAAGAAACAUCAAAAUGUUUUCACGAACGAUAAUGAGAAGUAUAACGUAUCAAAAGGUAAUGAGAACAUUUUCAUCAACAUCUGAUUAUGCUAUAGGAUAUAACUUUGAACUAAAUAAUAUGCAAAGAGAAAUGCAAGAAUUGGCUCGCAAAUUUACAAAAGAAGAAAUCAUUCCAGUAGCUGCUGAAUAUGAUAGAAGUGGAAAAUAUCCAUGGGAUAUUGUGAAGAAAGCAUGGAGUUUGGGUUUAUUAAAUAAACAUAUUCCUGAACAUUGUGGAGGAAUGAACGUUGGUACUUUUGAAGGUUGUUUAGUUGGAGAGGAAUUUGCUUAUGGCUGUACAGGAAUAUCAACUGCAUUAGAAGGAUCAGGAUUAGGUCAAACUCCUGUAAUUGCAUUUGGAACAAAAGAACAACACAAAAAAUAUCUUGGAAGGCUUAUCGAAGAACCACUUGUUGCUGCAUAUUGUGUUACCGAACCUGGAGCUGGAUCAGAUGUUGCAGCUAUUAAAACAAAGGCUGAAAAGAAAGGAAAUGAGUGGAUCAUUAAUGGAACAAAAAUGUGGAUAACAAAUGGAGGUGUUGCUAAUUGGUAUUUUCUAUUAGCAAGGACAAAUCCUGAUCCAAAAGCUCCAGCUGGUAAAGCUUUCACAGCUUUUAUCGUAGAACGCGAGUAUGAAGGUGUAACACCUGGUCGAAAAGAACUAAACAUGGGUCAAAGAGCUUCCGAUACUCGAAUGAUAACAUUCGAAGACGUACGUGUUCCACAAGAAAAUGUUUUGGGCAAAGAAGGCGAAGGAUUUAAGAUUGCUAUGAAAACUUUUGAUAGUAGUAGACCAAUGGUUGCAGCCUCAUCUGUCGGUCUAGCUCAAAGAGCUCUUGAUGAAGCUUUAAAAUACGCAAUACAACGUAAAGCUUUUAAUAAAUUAAUAGGAGAACAUCAAGCUGUAGGAUUCAUGCUCGCAGAUAUGUCGAUCGGUGUUGAGACUGCUAGACUUGCAUGGAUGAAGGCAGCUUGGGCUACCGAUCGUAGUCUUCCAAUAGCUUCAAAGCUUGCUAGCAUUGCAAAAUGUUAUGGUGGUGAUGUAGCCAACAAAUGUGCAACAGAUGCCGUUCAAAUUUUCGGUGGUGCUGGAUUCAACACCGAAUAUCCGGUAGAAAAAUUAAUGCGAGAUGCAAAAAUUUAUCAAAUUUACGAAGGAACUGCGCAAAUCCAGAGACUUAUAAUCUCGCGUCAUCUACUUUCUGAGGCUACUCAAAAAAAUAUAUAAUUUUUCUAACAAAAAUUUUGUGCAAUUCUAAAAAAUAUUAAUUCUUUAAAAGUAUUAUAUUAUAUAUAUUUUUUUAUAAAAUUUAUAAUAAUAUUUUGUAUGUUUGUUAUAACAUUUUGUAUAUUAAUUAAACGUUAAAAUCUUGUACCUCGUUAAUUUUUUAUAAAUACUUUGAAAUAUACAUUUUAUUAUAAGAAAACAUAAAGGAGAAGAAACGUGACAAUUUUGCAUUUCAUAUUUCGCGCUGAUCGGUGUUAGAUAGCGCUGCAAACGUUGUUCGAAAGCGUUAGUCAAGUGUAUUGUACAAUGAAAAGGGAUUACAUCGCAUUAUGUCCGUCAGGUCAUAGUUUUUACACGGUUAUAUUUGGUGAAGUCGUGCGUGGCGAGUUAUGCAACAUUUGGUGUAAAAGCGCCCCAUAAUAAGACGUCCAGAUAUUGUGACAUCUGACCUACUUAGACGAUUCUAACUGCCUGCAAACACGAGGGAACUAGGGAAUCUUUCGGAAAUUGCGUCUUUCCGUGAUACAUUAUUGGAACACAGUGCCGUGACUAGCAAAUUCUGGUACCCACUAAAACCUCGCUCGAUACGUUCCUUCUCUCAAAAUACUUUCCCUUUUGUUAUUGUUCGAUGUGGUACAAUUGAAAGUAAACAGUUGGAAGAUUAUUUCAAUGUUCGAGGCUUCAUACAUUAAAUUUCGCUGAGCUCUUUCUAUAGCGUGUACGAGAUCGGUAUAGUUAAUAUUUUCCCUUUCGUUAUCCACUGCCGUGCCUAUGAAUGGUAAAAUUGGGCGCAAAUUAAAUGGUUAGCUCAUUCUUACAAGACAGAUGUACCAUACCAUAGUAAAAAUUAACAUUCUUCGAUUUUUAUUUCAAACCGAACAAUCGAUUCUUUUAUCUAUGAUCAUUCAAAUUUAUAACUUUUUAACGCCUAAUUAACUAGUAUCUUUUAAUUUUGUUCAAAAUUACAAUUGCACACUCGUCGAAGCAUUUAAUUCGAUAAAGCGGAAUAAUAGCACUGAAUAACAACAUUCGUAAUUCAAUAAAGCGAAAUAACAUUUUUAAAAGUUAACGAGUCAAAAAUUAAACGUUCCUUAUAACACAAGAAUACGUUUUAUAUGUCUAAUGUUCAAGGCUCGUUAAAACAAAGCCAAUUAACGCGUACAUCGCAGAUCAGAAAGGGAACGUAAAAGAAUUCGCAUUCCGUUUUUUCGAGUUUUGAUCUCAUAAAUAUAACGCGCCUAAUUUUGCCUCGAUCGUUUUAAUUAAACCUUGACUGCCGAUUGAAUUAACGCGUAUGACACGUUGAGAAAAGACUUGGAAACGUACUUUAAUAGAUGUAUAGAAAUGGCAAGAAUCGCAACAAGGUGGGCGACGGAAAGCGUGAUUUGGGCGCGCGGUACCGAUAAAGAGAAUCGACGGCGGGCACCGGCGCUAAGCACACGGUCCUGGAACUCGUGCUGUCAGAGCGCAACGGUGCGCCGGACGCUCGCUUGACUAAGGGAGUGCCCGUCCCGAUGCAAAGUGUAAGUGAAGUGGCCUACAGACCUACAUUUGUCUAACGUUCGAUUUUUUUCGAGCCGGCGGACAGGAGGUUAAUAAUCCGCGCGGGGCUCAUUUUUCCGCGGGCGUGUGUGAUGUCGCUGUUAUGUGAUAUACUGAUGUUUGGUUGAAAGAGACGGUGUAGUUUCGGUACGCUCAGACGGCGCUGGCCGGCGCGGGGAGCGUAGUAGUAAAAAGAGAGGAGGACAGCAAGAGCGUGCGCACACGAGGAGAAAGA